GAUUUUGGCAAAGAAGUUGAGAUGAUCUAUCCAAUAGCAGUAAUUCUUAUUGUCGCAUCACUCGACACAGUGAAAUCAGAGAUACAAUGGAAAACAGUCGAACUAAAUGAUGCAUAUGAGGGGUCACAACAGCAAUCAGGAAUUCCUCACAGUUUCGAGAGAACUGCAAUACAGUUCAAAACUGACAAUAACGACGACGACGCAUCUCAGUCACUCGACGUGGAUUUCUUUGUGGAAAAAGAAAGGCAAGGGGGGUUAACCGUGAACUUUCCUUCAGCUGGUAGUGGUAGUGGACCAGAUAAUUACUUGAUAAAACAUUGCAAGAACAAAGAGAGCACAUUUCCCGAGAACAUGCCGACUGAAGCUGAGAAAUUGUGGAGUAUUUUUGCGACCACAGGAGCAAAUCCGUCUUUUAAAGUCCAGGUCAACGGAGUGGAAGUGAUCAACGUACUCCUCACAGACGAUACAUGUGAUUACCCAAACUGGAGAAAUUUCUGGACACAAGAGAUUGGACUACUGAGAUUUAACUCAUGGCAGAGCGUGUUUGUCGGUUACCAUCUAGAUUCAUGCUAUUGGGGCCAUUACUUGGAUGCUGAUGCUGAUUGUCAAGAGUGUCCUGCAGAUCAUUGGAGUGCAGACGCCGGCGAUACUGCCUGCACACCUUGUCCAGUAGGAACUCACGUGGGCGUAGGAUUGGGAUUAGCUGAAAGUGACUGCACAGAGAACGGAGACGAGACAGAUGGAGACGAGACAGACGGAGACGAGACAGAUGGAGACGAGACAGACGGAGACGAGACAGACGGGGACGAGACAGACGGAGACGAGACUGACUCUGAACACAACUACUCUCAAUCAGUUGCCCACAAAUUGAGCGUUCUUCUUGUCGUUCUCCUGUUUGCUUCGAACAUGAACAUCUAAACUUGUUGCGGACUGCAGGGAUGGUUGAACAAUAAUGCAUGACGUUAGAAAAAUAUGAACUAAAACUUUUAAGCACGCGAUAUGAAUAUUUCAUAUAUAUAUAUAUAUCUAUCCAUAAAUUAGAACGGCCGACCAGGUUGAUUUUAAAUUUAAAACCCCGCCACCAAUUACGUCCGAUUUCUGAUAGCUUUUUCUAUUUUAGAUGCCCAAUUUGAUUCAAAAUUAUCGACAAGUAAUUUACGUUAACACGCUUGUCAAAAUC